GGAAUAUUAUGUGCUCAGGUUAUGUGAUGAUGAGUACAAUAUUCCAAUGCGGUUGCACCACCACCAGAGCCAGUAGCGUUGGCUAGAGUCCUUCUCAGAAUAUAUCCAAAAACGCACGGACGGACGGACGGUUGCUUCUGCCAAUAGCUCCUCCUUCAAAUCCUAGCGUUCCAUUGCUCAACAUUUCCUCACGACGAAACCACACAUUUCAAAUAUCUUCUCCAGCAGCUCGCCAGCAUCGUGCAUCUUUCGCUGACGGAAAUAUUUUUUUCUGGGUCAGUCGAACGAAGGUUCAAUAUUCCUGGAAAAUUUAAACCUGGAAUUAAUUUCCCUUGGAAGAAAAACAGUUAAUCUUGACAAGUAUUUCAAACUAGGAGUGGUACAGAAAUCUUAAGAAAAUGGAUUAUCAAUGGGGUUCUCUGCCCAGUGGGACCAAGAAAGAAAGGCGAGGAAAGCGAGCGGAAUUGCCUGAUGAUGUUGGUAAGAAUGCAAAGAAAUUGAAGAGCUGUAGCGUAAUGGGAUGCGAGGAAUGGAGAGAUUUAAACUCUCAUACAACUUAUCAUUGCUUUCCAACAGGGGAUAAAAAUCAACAGCGAUGGGAGAUUUGGACAUCGUUACUUCAAAAAUCACGCGAUGAUGAGGCUUGGAUUCCGUUUAGAGGCUCACUUGUUUGUUCACAUCACUUUAAUCCUAGCGACUUUGUACAGGAUCCAAACCAGAAACGCAGGAAGCUCGUUAAGAACGCGAUCCCCUCCAUUUUCCCCACUUUUUCUGUUGAUCUUGAUGAUCCUAGUUUUAUAUUGGAUGAUAGUAACGACGCUUCUGGGACAGUUGAAAAUGGAGGAGAAAAUGUAGAUAUUAAUAACGGUAAUAAUGAUUACUAUUACGACGACGAGGAUCAAGGUGCUCAAGACGAGUAUGGUUAUGAUGACCAAGGCGACCAGGGGGACGAAGCUGACUUUAUUCCUGCACAAGUGCAAGCUCAAUAUGAAGACGAUGAAGACAUGAUAAACGAGGAAGAAGACCUACAAUAUGUGACAUAUCAACAUCCUCCCAGGCAACGCAUGGUCUCAAAACCACUUCCCAAACUGACCCCGGCAAGAUCUUUUAAACAACCUGCAGAGUAUCAAAAUCAUGCAAUGGAACCACCACCGAAAAAGAAGUUGGCCAUGGCUCCACCAACAACGGAUGGACUUUUCUCGAAGAAGCCUCAAUUGUCGUUUAAGGGAACGGUUACAACCGCGUCAACUAAGAAUUCGGCAGAAAAAUUUCCUGUGGCUGGUGGCGUUAGUAGUUUUGGUCAUGGACGUAGUAACUCCACACCGUCAUCUAGCAAAUUAUAUCAACAACUUUGCAAGUCGAUGCCAAAUACAAAGUUCCCAAUGUCUUGGAAUUCUGAUUUAGAAAUUGAAGUCGUUGAGUCAAACUCAAAGGGUGACUCGACAGCAUUGCUCAAAAAAAGAGUACAAGAACUUGAAACAGAAAAUGAACUUUUGAAGAAUAAGUUUGGUGCCCAAAUCAGAGCUUUACAGCGUAAAAUUAAGGAACAAGACAAAAUCAUAAAUGAUUACGUCCUGCAUUUCAGUUCCGUCGAACAAGAUGAAGAUUCGUAAAUAUUGUUCCUCGACCGUUAUCGUAAAUUUCAAUGUAGUAUGUACAUACAUAUGUAUGAAUUAUCAUGUUGUACAUAAUUAUUGUUAUGAAAGUUAAGACUGUUUUAGAAACGACGCAUUUUGAUAUAGAUACUUUUACCAUGCCAUGAUUUAUAAACUUUCGAAUAAAAGCCAUAUACUCGACAUUC